AUGUCGAGCUCAGCGUCCUCAGUGGUGUCCGCCUCCCCUUCCUCCUCUCCCUCGCCCUUUACCAACAGUAACCAGAACAGCAGCGGAAUCUCGUCCUCCCUCUACCUAUUCACCUUCCUCAUCACCGUCCUCGUCCUGGGCGCCAUAUCCGGCAUCCUCCUCUUCCGCGCCUACUACGUGCGACGCCGCUAUCAGGCCCAGGUCGAAGAGGCGAUCCGCAAUAAUCAGCCGGUGCCUGUGCAGGCGGCGCGGGCGCUGGGGCUUUGGAGGCCCGAGAGGGGCAGAGGGGGAAGAGGGGGAAAGCCAGAAGAGAGGUUGGGGCCGAUGCCGGGCAUGUGGGAGGUGGAGAUGGUUUUGGAUAGGAAGGCGGGGGAUGUGGCGACGGAGAGCAGAGAUCGGGAUGGUGGCGGAGAUAGGGGGCUGAGAAAGUGGGACGAGUUUACGCCCGUCUCCGUCGUCCACUUCCCCUCCAACCCAGACCCGGAACCCUUCAUACCCCAAUACAUAAUCCCCCCACCCACCACCCGCCGCUUCACCCCUUCCUGGGUACCUACACGGCGUCCCUUACCGCGCAUAGCCGUCCUCCCCGAACAAACCCUCGCCAAUAUACCGAGGGCCGGACCAAAAUAUACCAUCCCGCCUGCAGGGGAAGAAGUGACUGUGGGGGUGUUGAUCGCGUUACCGUUCGAAGAAAAGGCGGGGAAUCCGUGGGAGAGAAAAGACGAUGAUGGGGAGGGAGAAGUAGAAGGAGAGGUUCCGCAGGUGCUGUUAGGGGUCGUAGCGGUCAGAACAGAAUGA